UAUUGUUGGUAUUCCAGUGACUGAAAUUGCAGUUGCAGCCCAAGCAAUUGGAAUAAAAUAUAUAGGAAUGAGAAAUGAACAAGCUUUAAUAGAUCUAUUUGUUUAUUCUACCUGAAGCAGUACGUUUGGUUUGAAGCGUUUCAGAGAUUCCUCUUAGGAUAACAAGCCUGGCUUGCUAUGCUGCCUCUGCUGUUGGGUACCUGACAGGAAAACCAGGAAUAUGUCUUGUGGUUUCUGGUCCAGGUCUCAUACAUGCUCUGGGUGGGAUGGCAAAUGCGAACAUGAAUUGCUGAGGUGAAAAAUCAUCCUGCCUUGCUACAUUAUAUGUUCUCUAAAAUCCAGUUAUUUCCUGUGUAAUGUACCUAGAUACAUGUAAAAAUCAAGAUGGUAACCAGUCUUCUGUUACGGGUGCAGUGGGUAGAAGCAGCUCUGAAUCAGAAAAGAAGCUUACAAAUGCCUUUGGAUUAAUGACUUCCUCCGUUCAUAGGCCUUUGAUUGUUAUUGGAGGUUCCUCUGACAGGAAUCAGGAAAUCAUGGGAGCUUUCCAAGAAUUCCCACAGGUUGAAGCUUGUAGGCUAUACAGCAAAUUUUCUGUCAGACCCAGCAGCCUAGAAACUAUUCCUGCUGUUAUUGAAAAGGCAGUGAGGUGCAGUAUCUAUGGUCGCCCAGGUGCCUGUUAUGUUGACAUGCCAGGAGACUUUGUAAAUCUACAGGUGAACAAGAGCUCUGUCAAAUAUGUUAAGUGCUGUUUGCCACCCCCUGUCUGCACAGCUGAGCACUCUGCUGUAUCUGAAGCAGCAUCUAUCCUUGCACAUUCCAGACAGCCUCUCCUAAUCAUUGGCAAAGGAGCUGCUUAUUCACGUGCUGAAAACAGCAUCAGAAAGUUGGUAGACCAGUGUGGGCUACCAUUUCUGCCUACCCCAAUGGGGAAAGGAGUUGUUCCUGACAACCAUCCAAACUGUGUAGCUGCAGCCAGAUCCAGGGCAUUGCAGCAUGCUGAUGUAAUAAUAUUGUUUGGUGCCAGGUUGAACUGGAUUUUGCACUUUGGACUUCCACCAAGAUUUCGACUAGAUGUAAUGAUUAUCCAGGUUGAUAUUUGUGCAGAAGAGCUGGGGAAUAAUGUGAGACCUGCGGCAAAUUUAUUAGGUGACAUAAAUGCCGUGACUGAGCAGCUUUUAGAACAACUUGUUCUAAUGGAAUGGAAACAUCCUUCUUACUCAGAGUGGUGGAAGGGUUUAAGAGAGAAAAUGAAGAGCAAUGAAGAAAGAUCCAAGGCAUUGGCAUUACAAAAGUCCCUGCCUAUGAAUUAUUAUACAGUAUUCCAUCAUGUCAGAGAACUGUUACCCAGGGACUGCAUUCUGGUUAGCGAGGGAGCUAAUACUAUGGACAUUGGACGCACUAUGCUUCCAAACUAUCUUCCUCGCCACAGACUGGAUGCUGGUACAUUUGGAACAAUGGGAGUUGGGCUAGGUUUUGCUAUUGCAGCUGCAAUGGUGGCUAAAGAUCAGACACCCGAGCAGCGAGUGAUCUGUGUAGAAGGAGACAGUGCUUUUGGAUUUUCUGGCAUGGAAGUGGAAACUAUUUGCAGGUAUAACUUACCAGUUGUAAUUAUCAUAGUAAACAACAAUGGGAUAUACCGUGGUUUGGAUGCAGAUUCCUGGAAGGAGAUGUUAAAAUCUGGAGAACCAACUGUGUGUGCCCCCCCUGUUUGUCUCCUGCCAAAUUCUCACUAUGAGCAGAUUAUGUCAGCAUUUGGGGGUAAAGGAUACUUUGUAAAAACACCAGAGGAACUGCAAAAUGCCCUGAAAGCAAGCCUGGUAGAGAAGCAAGUGCCUUCCCUUAUCAAUGUAAUGAUCAACCCACAAGCUGACAGAAAGCAGCAGGAUUUUCACUGGCUGACUCGUUCUAAUAUGUAACAAAAGAUGCACUGUGUGAUGAUCCUAGCCAAUACAUCUGCUUCAGCCAAACCAAUCAUUUUCCAGGAGUGAAACAGCUAAAGCUAUAUUUAUCAUUAUUUACAUAAGAUUGUAAAAUCCUAGUUUGUGUUUCACUUUUAAAAAAAAGAAAAUCACCUAUACACUACUAUAAUAGCGGUAAUCAACACAAGAGACCCCUAAAAGUACAUCAGAGUGUCCAUUCAAAGGAAAUCUUCCUUUUAUGGCUAGGAACCAGAUCGUAUGGAAACACUUGAAUGAUAAAAUCAUUCUUUUCUUUUUACUACAAAUGUAACAGAUCAGACUUGUCAAUUAAAUCCUUAGUCCUUGGGAGUCGGGGGGGAGGGCUGAGAGGGGAAAGGGAAUGUAGGUUGUUUACAUAUGGAAAAAGAUCUUUGCAAUCAUAGUCUGUCCUUUGUUGGGGUUGGUUUUUUCGCCUCUUGAUCAACAUGCUGCUUACUAGAGAGCUUUUUUUUUUUUUUUUUAUAGACCCCAAGUCUCUUACUCUGGGUUGGAUCCUCAGUGAGAGGUGCUGAAUAUCUUCACUCCCUAUUCCCACAGUCCAUUUGAGUUGGCAGUCCUCAGCACCUUUCAGGGUUGGUGCUCGGCCUCUACUCCAGCAAAAUAUCCACUAAUUUCAAUGGGAGUCUUGUCAGAAAAGGACUAAGCCCUUAAUUUCUUGCACUGUAUUUUUCUGUACAGAGAUGCAGACUGUGAAUUGGCAGCUUUGUAUCCUGGAAUCACUUUAGAAACUUCUAAAAUGUAUUUAAAAAAUGCCAGAUUUCACUGCAAUACUGAAUUUGUUUGUUUGGAUUAAUUUCUGCAGCCUGCUAACUCUAACCCACUUUGCUUGCAGAAAAAGAAAAUCUUAAAUUACUGCCUUGUCCACCUGUUCCCACACACACACCUAUCACAAUGAAAUCAGGAGUGCAUAAGAAUUCAGAAAUAAACAUUCCACGAUCAAGAGAUUGCAAACCGUUAACAUUGGGGCCAGUUGAAGGGACCCUUGCGCUUGGGGUUGGCUAUGGGGGUCACCUAGGUUAAAACUGGGCCAGUGCCAGCUAGCUGAGAGGAUGUACAGGCUAUGGCUGGGUUUAGAGUUGGGCCUAGCUGAGGAGGGGCCUCUGGGAUAGAGAUGGGGCCAGUGCCAGGUGGCUGAGAGUUUUCCCCUGAUUAGGGUUGGGAUUAUGUUUGUGGCUAGCUGAGAAUGCCCAGAACUAAUGUCAGGGUAGGAGCUGGCUGACUGGGCCCUGAAAUCAAGGCAGGGUUAGGGUAGGAGCCAUCUAAGGGAGACCUAGGCUAGGGUUGGGGCCACGAGCAACAGGCUGAACCGGCUCUCUGAGCUGUCAUGGCUUCACAGAGGUCUGUGCUAUGCCCCAGCCUUUAAUCGGUCUCCUGGGAGUAACCCCUUACCAGUGUCUGACCCCAAGGGCCUGCACUUUUCCACAAAGACAGGCUACAUGGCCUCAACAACUGCUGGACUGGGCCUUUGGGCUCCAGAACCCCUGUUUCUCAUCAUGAGCACCUACUGUAAGUCCAACUCGGGGCUGGUCUAUGCUGAAAACUUACAUCAGCAUAGCUUCAUCUCUCAGGAUGAAAAAUCCACACCUUGAGAGAUGUAACUUAGCUAUGCUGACCUAACCCUCCAGCGUCGACAGUGCUGGAAUUCUUCCGUUGACCCAGUUACUGCUGCUCAAUGAAGUGGAUUAACUGCAGGAAUGUGAGAACCACUCCUGCCAUGGUAAUGUCUACACUGAAGCGCUAAAGUGGCACAAAUGCAACAGUGCUGCUGUAGCAUUUUAAAUGUAGACAUACCCUUAGUUCAGACUUUUGCUGAGACUUUUUCUUCUUAAGGAGCAAUGCAGAAAGUAUUUGGGAUGGAUGCAGGACAGCCUUGUCAAAACAAAGUAGCAUUUAUUAGUCAUCUGGAAUGCCGCGUGGAAGAGUCCCUAGGUUAGUCUGGCUCAGGUCUGUUUCAGACAGAGUUUGUAUUGGUGAGAGCCAUGGCACAAGAUGUCAUGCUCUGCUGAGAUCCAACUAAUAUCUCUAGCCUUGUAUGUCCUUGCUCUUUUCACAGCAGAACUGUAAGAGUAGUCUGUUCACACCUGAACUUCCUUUGUUUCCAGCUGUGGUCUUUUCACUUUCCUUCCUUGCAUAGUUAGGAGGAGCAGUAAUAGCCCGAUCCUUGGCUCUUCCAUUAUCGCUGCAGGAUUUUCCAUACAUGUGCAUAGAUUCCAGAAGAUUCUUGAUAAGCUGUCUGGUUCUAAUCCAGGGAACAUUCAUAACACAGACCCCUUCCUUGUAUCAGGGAGGAAGUAAACUUUUCAUGCCAUAUUGGAUAUGGAUAAAUAGUGCACAGAUACAGACACACACAUAUAGUUCAUAAAAAUCUUUUUAAAAAUUCCCACAUUACUGUCAGCCCCAGAUGAGGUUUGGGGCCAGCGCCCCCCGGUUAGAUUUUGGGUCAUAACUAGUCAGGGACCCAGGGUAAGGGCCAGGGCCAGCAAGAGACUUAGGACUAGGUUUGGGGCUGGCUGGGAGCCCUGAGCUAGGGUAGAUUUGGGGUCUCCUAGGGCUGCCUUCUAGAUAGGGGCCAGCAGGGGCCCCCGGGCAAGGGUGAGUGUUGGGGCUAGCUUAGGGUAAAGGUUGGGAAUAGCCAGGGGCCCAGUAUAAGUUUAGGAUUGGGGCUCUCAGGGCCUGGGGUAGGGUUAGGGGUGGGAAUGGCUGAGCAUCUGGAGUUAUUGAUAGGAUUGGAGUUGGCAGGGGCCCUUAGAUAGGGUUUGGCGUACCUGGGCUAAGAUGAGGGUAGAGGCUGGAAUGGGAACCUGGUUAAGAUGAGGGUUGGGGGUGGCUAGGGCACCCAGGUCAGGGAUGGAGCUGGGCAGGGUCUCUUGGCUAGGAUGAGGGUUAGGGCCAAUUAGGGUAAUGGCCAUGAUGGUGGAGCUCACUUCAGUAGCCAGUGUUUUUUCCCAAAGUCUUUAAGGACUCCCAAAAGGAGGUGAUGUGUGGAAUAGCCCAUCCUCUCAGUAUUUUGUCCACCAGUUAGAGCAAGUUUCCAGCACACUAGUUUUGGCUCACUAAUUUCUGGUUCCACAUUUCUCUUGUUUACCAGCAUGAUCUUAACACAUGCCUUGAGCUGUGGCCAUAGGCCUUUUUGUUUACACUAGUUGUCUCCCUAUUGUACCUUUUCCCAUCCACACUGGCUGUUCUAGAUUAUUGUGAACAUCUUAUGAACUUACAUUGACUUUUUACAUUCAAAUUCACAAUUAGAGUAAAUUAGCAGUCACCAGGGGGCCUAAAGGUUGGGUUAGGUUUGGGGCUGGCUAGGGGCAAGGGUCAGAGUGGGGUCCCAUGGUUAGGGACCUGGGUUGGGUUAGGUUAGGUUUGGUGCCUUCUGAGAGCAUAGGUUGGGAAUGGGGCCAGUGGGGGCCCAGGGCUGACAUGGGACCCUAGACUAGGCUUAGUGUUAUGGCUGGAGGCCCCAAGGUAGGAUGACAUUUGGAGCCGGCUGGGGUUAGGGAUGUGGCUGACAUGGGGACUGCAUGCGAAUGUUAGGGAUGGGGUAACCAAGGGCCCCAGUUGAGGAUGGGGCCAACAGAUGGCCGAGGGUGAGGGCUGGGACUAGCCAAAGUUCUGGAUACCAUAAAAAAUAAAGUUAGAACAUAAGAGCGGCCAUACUGGGUCAGACCAAUGGUCAAUCUAGCCCAGUGUCCUCUCUACAGACAGUGUUUGGUGCUAGAUGGUUCAGCUACCAGCCCAAAUUGCCCUGCCCCACUCUCCCUGGGGCUCGGGCUGUCUGCCCUACAACCGGGUCCGACCUGCUGCCUCCAAUGCCUGGGGUCCUCUGGCUGCCAUUAGUGAAAUUUUUCUGGCGAACCCCCUGUAACGUUCUGCGAACCUCUAGUGGUUUGCAAACCCCACUUUGGGAACCACUAGUCUAGAAGAUACAAAUAACAAACAAACAAGCAUGCACACAAGCUCUGACGUGCGUGUACAUCUGAACAUACUGAUGAAUUUCAUGUCCACCACGUACACAUUUCAAACUGUUAGCAGAUAGUGGUUUAAAGAUUUGACACACUAAAAUGGGAAGAA